AUGGAGACGCCCAUCGAGCGCGAGAUCCGCCGUAGCUGCGAGCGGGAGCAGAGCCUGCGCCGGAGCCGGGGCCUGAGCCCGGGCCGCGCAGGCCAGGAGCUCGUGGAGCUGCGCGUGCGGCCGCUGCUGCACCUGCCCGGCCCCAGCCCCGCGCUCCCGCGCGCCGUGGAGCGCGCGCGAGCAGGCGCGCAGAUGCAGCGGGACAUCGAGCGCGAGGCGCACCGGCAGGCGGCGCUACUGCGCCGCGCGGGCUCCGAGCCGAGCGUCGGGCCGCCACCGCCGCCACUGGGAGAGCUCCGGCGCUUCUUCGAGGCCGCGGCUGGGGGCGGCUCCGCGGCGGGGGACGACGCGGGGGGCGCGCAGCAGCUGCCCGAGGCCGGGACCCGCGCGCAGGGCCGGGGCCUGGGGUUGGCGCGCACCCCGCCGCCCCUCGCGCCGUCGCUGCUGGAGCAGGAGGUGCGCGCGGUGCGCGAGCGCGAGCAGGAGCUGCAGCGGCAGAGGCGCAGCAUCUACGGCACUACUGAGUUCAAGGAACCCGCGCCCAGUCUCACGGGAGCAGCGCAGACCCUGAGGCUGAGUGCUCUGGCCGGAAGUAGCGCCCUGGGGCGAAGGCCCAGCCUGGCGCUCUCGACCAGCAGGAGGCGGAGGCGGCCCGGACGGCCUGGCCCUGUGCGCUGGACACUUGAGAUCGAGCUGCGUAUCCUUGAUCUUGGCCCCCGGGUACGCGCCAGGCCCCUCUAUAAACUUUGGUCUCCUUUAGGACCCCGGCCAUCGCCUGCAGCUGUGUGUGGCACCCACCGCGCUCCGCUCCCAUAACUAGGCUCUGGAGCGCUGGUGCCCCGCCGCACCAAUAAAGCGCCCUCCUUCCGGGCGGUGCAAGUUG